AUGAGCGGCGCGGAGCGGCCGGAGGAGGCGGCGGCGGCCGCGGGCGGCCCCGGGCGCUCGCUGGGCCCUAGUGUUGCAUCUCCAGAUGAAGGAGUAGUAGAAGAUCUGCCUUUAAUAGAUGAGAAAGCUGUGGAGCAGCUGACUGAAGGAUUGAUUUCCCAUUAUCUGCCUGAUCUUCAGCGAUCAAAAUCAGCACUGCAGGAACUUACACAGAACCAGGUGGUAUUACUAGAAACGUUAGAACAAGAAAUUUCUAAAUUCAAAGAGUGUAACUCCAUUCUUGAAAUCAAUGCUUUGUUUUCAGAAGCUAAACACUAUCACAACAAGUUAGUGAAUAUUAGAAAUGAAAUGAUGAUGAUCCAUGAGAAGACGUCAAAGUUAAAAAAAAGAGCACUUAAGCUGCAACAAAAGAGGCAGAAGGAAGAACUAGAACGAGAGCAGCAACGUGAGAAGGAGCUUGAAAGAGAGAAACAGUUAACGGCAAAACCUGCAAAGAGGACAUGAAAGCAGAGCAUGCAACAACUUGUCUGAAUUAAUGAUUUCUGCAUUCUCUGGAAUUAAGGUGGACUUUGCUUAAACUGGGCUAUAGCUGUUACUGGCAACCUCUGGUAAUACCCUAUGGUAUUAUAAAUUCCAGAAUGGUAAUAACAGUGUUGGUAACAUUCACGUUUUUUCAUUUCAGCCAUUCAAGUUGCCUUCUUUUGUAAUGCUAUGCAGUUUGAUAUUAUUAUAACGUAAGUUAAUUUUUUAUGUAUAUGUAUAUUGGAGAACUUAGGCAUCAUAAUUUUAAAUAUCAAUUUUUUUUUCAUUUGUCCUUCUGGUGUUUGGAAUUCUGAGAGGUAUUUGAUGACUGGUACGCAUGUUUUUCAGACAAAAUACAGAAUACCAGUUAAAGUUCCCUUCUCAUCACUGAUCUUCAGUGGCUGCCUGUUUCACUGAAACUGCUUUGUUUCAGGCAGUUGGGAUCUGCCUUUGAUCACAAAUACUGACUUUUUGUGCAGCCUUAGUUUGGUCCAUCUCUAACGAUUCAAAGAAACUUCCAGUGUAUUUGCCUAAAAACUCACUUUAUUGCUGCAAUCUUAUUUUUUUGGCAUCAAGUAGCUUAAAAACAGUUUUAAAGUAACUCCUGAAUAAGUUCCCAGCUGAAUUGAUUGACGGGGGGGAAGCAGAACACGAAAGAUUGUCGAAAUUGAUGUGUGCACAAUGCAGAGAUUGAUGAAUUUGUGCUUCCACAAACAUUUGAGUCAAACCAGGGAACUGUUGCUUCUGUAAUGUCAUCUAAGCAUAUUUUUUGUGGGAUUAGAAGUUACAGUUUCUUUGUCUUGUGUGACAAAAUAAAACAUAACCAAAACUAAACAAUUUCCACUUCAGUUACCUGUAGGAAAACUAUUGCAUUUAAUGUUUUUUCCUUAACAAAUGAAUCAUUUGCACUUUGGGGCAAUGUAAGAGAAUUUUUGUUAUGCUGUCCUUACCCAAAUUGAUGAUUAUUACUGUGUACUGAUGAUAAAUUUGAAUGGAGGUUGAUAUCCAUUUCUCUGAAUGUAAUUCUUGUCUUGCAGCACUUGGUGUGAACUCCCAUUCCAAUGAAUGUACAUGUUGUCUAGACUGGUAAAAGAGCUUUAAACUAUUUGUUCCUACAGUCUAACAAACUAGCUAUUUUAUAUCUGUGUUAUUUUCUAAGUGGUAAUGUAAGUGGUGUGUUUUGAAGUAAGAUAAAGGAUAAGCUAUGUAAAGUUUUCCAUAAAAUAUGUAUGGAAAGGUAUCAGAGAGGCACAGGCAAUUUUAUUUUUUCUUCUGUUUUAGAUGACUUUUACACACUGUACACCUGCCUGGAUUCUUCUGUAUUGUGAUUUUCUCCUAAUUUCCUGUUCUUAAUGUUUGUCAUCUUUUUCUAACAAGUACCCAUCCAACAUGCAAGGUAAACUGGGAUAAAAUUUAGGGGCAAGGAGAACAAACUACUUAAAGCCUACUUAGAGUCUGAAGAGACACUGAAAUGCUGUUACUGAAGCAGUAAUAGAUUAAAACUUUCCACAGGUAUUUUUCCCUUAAGUUGACUUGUGUCUGUUACUUGCCAGUGGAUUGUUGACCUGUGCUGUGGUUUGUACGUAUUUCUAAGAGAAAUGUAAAGAAUUUCCACAGUCCAUUUUUUGGAGCAGAAUGUACAUAAGUAAAUGUUGUUUAAAUAUUUUAUUUUGUAAUGUAAUUUGAAAAUCAGAUUCUGGGAAUUUAAACAGUUCUCAUUAAAGUAUAACAUAAAACUAAAUGCCUCAGUAUCCAAA